AUGUUGCUAGAGAAACUUGGAUUCACUCUUCUUCAUCUCAACAUCACAUCAUCUCCUUGCAAUGCAUCUGUCUCUUAUUCCUUCAACCUCAAGAUGGAAGACGACUGCAACUUGGGAUCAGCAGAUGAGAUAACGGAGGCGGUUCGUCAGAUUUUUGACUGUUGA